AAUUAAACACGAACCCAUCUCUAAUAGAAGGGCAUGGCCAAACACAGCGGCUUUUUGAUAUAUUUGCAGGGCCUUGGCGAUGUGGCACCUGAUGCAGCAGCUCAACAAGUGGCCCAUGCUAUCAACAAGGAGGUCCGGCAAACGGAUACAGACGAAGGCGGUUCUGGCACGUGCAUCAACCAAUCCACCUUGAAUAUGAAUUUUCGUGUCUACUAUCACAUAGUCUACAAAUAUGGACUGGAGGAUAAGCAUUUCCAAGAUUUGCCCGAUAGGCUAAACUAUACGGAGACCAAUCUGUUCCUAAUGCUACAAUCUAUCCUUCUCACCGAACAUUGGUCGCGCUUAGAUUGCCAGCUUUUAGAGAGGAAAUGCCUCGAUUCGAUCAAGGAAGCUCUAAAAUUCAAUAGUUCCAGUUUGAUGGCCAUACUAAAGGCCACCAAUUUGCUUGUGAAAAAGUUUCCCAAACUUGAAUUGUUGCCCAUGAAAUUGGAUCAUUUCUAUCAUUGUCUGCAACGUCAGAGUCAAGCAGUGGGCUCCCGGGAGGAGACCCUAACACUUUUCAAUCAUUGUUGCCGCCAAAAGAAGAGAGCCUAUUUCUAUUUCCAUUUGAUUAUGGAAUUUUGGCCAUGGACUAAUCGAAAUAAGUAUUAUUUACUUAGUGGCAUACUCAAUUCUCAUCCGUUGAACGAACUUUUAGAUGCAAGUGGUCACAGUGAAGUGGAAUUCUUUCAAGGAUUACGUUUGAGUUUGAGCUAUAAGGGUCUGCGGGCGGCUAGUCAAUAUCCUGUGAAAAGCCUAAGCAAUCAGCGUUCUGCAGCACUUCUCGGUCUGGCAGUGGAUCUUUUAGUCAAUGGAAGCGUAGCUGAGUUGCAAAAUUUCUAUAGCCAAUGGUUCUUGCGGAUACAAGAGCGAGAUGUGCUCUUUCAAUUGCUACAAUCGAAGCCGGAGAUUGUGGAAUUCCUGGCCAGUUCGGAGGCGGCACGCACACCGAGCGAACAACUGCGUCUGGUCUUGAUCUUUAGCAUGUUCGCCAAAGAGAUCUAUGCGGCAUCUAAGCUACAUUUCUUUAAAAUAAGCACCGAAUUGCUAACCAAUUGCCAUUGCCUCGAGAUGGCCACACAGUUGAUGGUAUUCAAGUUUCUGGUGGAUAAUCUAACUAAUUUUGCUGUUGAAGAUUGCCUGGAAUUCUUUAACGUGUUCAUUGAACGCCAUCGGAAUGUGGAUAAUGCUGAAUUUCGGAAUACUUUACUUGGUAAAAUGCCAAUAAUUAUCAAUCACACGGCCAAGCAUUACAAUCGGGCAUUGAAAGUGGACCAUUUAUCUGGCUAUGAUGCCCUGGCUGAGAAUAUUAAACGUUUCUUUAGUCAAUUGCAAGAGCUCAUCCAACGAGAUGUGAAAAGUGAUAUAUAUCAGCCGAAAAUAUUUGCCCUAAAGCUCUUAGAAAUUCUCAAUAAGUCUCUCUAUGCCGAGCAGGUGAUAAAAAAUACAAAAAUGUGUAGUACCCAACAGAAUCAGCAAUUGGGUGCUUAUCUCUUGGAGUCGAAAGUAUUUCAACCAAAACUAGUAUCCGAUCAAUUGUUUGGCUGUCUCAAUGAUCCCCAGGGAUUCGAUGAUGCCCUUGAAUUGAUAGUCUCUUUGCUGCUCCAGCUCAAUCAUAUCGAUCCGCAGUUGUCUGUGGAACAGUGUCUAAAACUCUGUCAAAGUUCGGAAGUAGAUGAGUGCUCCUUGGUCUCGCUCUAUGCCCAAUUGGCAGGCGAUCAAUCCUCGCAUUUGUAUGAACAAUGUGUGAUUGCAUUAAAUCGGCAAAAGAACUUAUAUCUAGAUGAUCCCUUGCAGGCAUCAAAAUCAAAUGGAGGACAUCUCUUUGGCUAUCUCGCGGUCUUGAAUGAAAUGGUCAAAGCGAAUAUUAAGAUAAAAGGUUCAUUUUUGGAACUAUUGCCCCAUCUUGAGGACAUUCUCAAUGGCAUUUUGCGGUUUCUCAAUUUGGCCAAUAUUCGGAAUCGGGCGGACAAUCAAGAAGCUGGCGCAGCAAGCUUCCAGGAUAUGGAUGAGAGCCUACAACUUUUAGUUAGCGAAAGUUCUUACAAUAUUGGCGAGGAAACGCCGGAGAAUUGUCGAAAAUAUUUACUCAUGAGUUUCUGGCUGACUUUGAAGGGCUGCUGCGAUUUGUCCACCAGCAUUGGAUGCUCAUUGCUCAAUCCCCAGGCAGAGGUCAAUUUUGAAGCUCUUCAGCGUUGCCUGGAUAUUAAUGUGGCGGUUCUCAUUCGCUGUCGUCAUAAGGGAGCCAUUGAAGCUGCCGGUUUGAGCAUAGGUCGUCUGACACGGAACAUUACACAGUCUCUAGACAGUCAUAGUCAAGGAUUCGUGAUGUUGCACGAGUGCUUAGACAGGGAAUUACUCUCAGAUAGCCGGCAGGUUAGCACUACUCGCCGUGGUGCUGGUUUUGCCAUAAUGUUCCUGCAUGUACUCAAGAAUGAUAAUCCUCGCCAGCGUUUGCUAUUGCAUAGGGCGGUGCAGCGGAUUCUACAACGCUUAAGCAAGGCAACCACCGCUGGUGGGGAUUGUGCGGGCAAUCUCGAUCGCUGGGAAGCUUUAGCUCUGCAUUAUCUAUGUGUUUUGGUGCGGGACACCGAGUUAAGGCCAGCCAUGUCCAAAUAUUACAACGAAAUCAUGCUGGUGGCCAUGGAGCAUAUUGACCAUGCUGAAUGGACUAUAUCCAAUGCUGCCCUGCAGCUAUACGGAGCCAGUUUGGGUAAACUUGCCGGCCAACGUCAAGCCACCGAAUUCGAGAUGCCUCUAGCAUGGGAGCCCUGUGAUCUAAACUAUGAUGAACUCUCCCACUUGCUACCCAAAGCCAGUGAGCAAAUGCUUCAAUCAUGCCAAAGUCAACAAGUUACUACCUCCUCCAUUAUUCUGUUUCUGGGAUUCCUUUCGAAAAUCGAGCAUUUACGGACAUCUGGCGACAGGAAACUCUCACCGAUGCUGCACAGCUUUCGUCGUCUCAGUUGGCAACUGUUGCGACACAAGUGUGAGCAAGUUCGCCAAUUGGCCGCCACUUGUUUUGUCCGCUCUCAUGAAUUCCGUUGCGAUCUACCAGCCGCCUUGUUGGCCAGUGCCAAAGUGGCUGCCCAUCUGAAUGAGGACAAUUUCUAUGAAGGAUUGCUAUAUACACUCCAUGCUGGGGUGCUUAAGUUGCAGCAUGAGGCUCGUCAUGUGUGGACGGCUGAAUCUUUGGAUAAGUUUCUCAGACGAUUGCUCGCCACACUGGAGGUCACGGAGCAAGUACGUCGUUUCAAGCCAUACACACUGAAUGUGUUAUUGGAAUUGUCGAGGCUUUUAAAUGCUAAAAAAGAAAUCGACUUGGUUCAACAACUACUUAAAGAGGCUAGUCAAUUGGAAGCGGCUUAAGUUUAGUUCUUAGUUUUACAUUUUAUUAAAUCUAACCAAAGGGGUCAAACUAAUUACUUAGUAGCUUGGAUUCAAAUUUGUAUUGAAUCUGUAAACAUAAAUUUAGUUUUAAGCAAAAACUUUGGCAAUAUAAGUAUGACAUCUUAGGAGAUAAAAACUUCGUACAUUAAUUUAUUUUCAUAGUAAUAUUUAAAUACAUCAAGCAAUUUAAA